AUGGGGUUACGAGAAUCUUACGUUGACCUACGUGCCCUAAGAAGACUCAUACGAGAUUGGGCACCUUUGGUAUGGCUCGCGCCCGGAGAACGAUUCUUGCCUCUCGGCGUCACCGAAUUCCUCGAUAACGUACAAUCGGACCAGUAUUACCUUCGCACUAGAAUAGACGUAGAGUCCCUAUUGAAGAAUCGAUCCUCCUUCCUGUAUGGCCGAAAGCCCGCUGGAACCGUGCCCGUCUACGCCCUCGUGAAAAAUUGCCUCUCCAGAGACGCGCGGCUACGCGCAGCUCGGAAUACGCCAAAGGAGGUACGCAACACUUUGACGCUGCCGCAGGAGCCAGGACUCUCCAAUCGUUUCAGAGCGCAAAUUAUAUCGCGGCAACAAGUGCGCCAGGCAACGGUACCGCGACUCGGAAAGGUCAAGGCAGCGAGUGCGUGUGAAAAAGUACACUUUCACGUCACCUAUUGGAUGUUCUAUCCGUUUAGCGAGGGAAAAACCAUCUGCGUGCUGGACCUUGGAUUUCUCGGCAGCUGGCCGAUACCCACCAUUGGUGGUGCGUGCAUAGGUACGCUUAAAGAGUACGGCAGUCACAUCGGAGAUUGGGAACACAUGAGUCUUUAUUUCAAGGAUAACCAGUAUCCUCUGGCAAUGUACGUAUCGGCACACGAUGCCGGUGCGUUUUAUCAAUAUGAUCCGCGAAAUGGUACUUUCGUCUACGAGAGUCAAGAAACGAGAAAAGGUCUCCUCCAGAAGCCAACAUUUCCUGAAAAGGUUUACACCGCUGGCGAUUCGCAUCCGAUAUUAUUUAGCGCACGCGGCUCUCACGGCCUCUGGACAGCUCCAGGGAAACAUAAAUUCGUGCGGGUACCUCGUCUGUACGACGAGAGUGGAUUCGGGACCGCUUGGCCGACCUGGAAAAGACUCGAGUUGCUCUUGGAAGAGGACAACGAGCCUUUACCAGGCUGGAUGACCUUUAGAGGCAAAUGGGGUAAUCCCAGCAGCAAUUGCCAUCCUCUAGCCAAACUAGGCUUUAACAUUUGCCAAUUUGUAGACGGCCCAACCGGGAUUCCUAUGAAAAAAUUCAAUUUUCAAUGUUAAAGUCUCGCCAGGUC